AUGAAAGAAGUGGUCCCUGAACCCGAAACUUAUCCAAAUUCUCCCCCAUCAAGAGAUCAACUGCUUCAACUCUCAAUUGAAAGUGAUUACCAGAGAGUUUUGAAAUGGCAAAAGUGGCGAACUUCACCUCUCAGAUUAUUUCUCGAAAAUUUCGAUGAGAUGAAAGAUGAAGAAGAUUUCGCUCUCGAGUGGCUUGGCACGCAAAACGUUUAUGAAGCAACAAGGCUUGAGACCAUAAACCGAGCAUACUCAUACAAGCUGACCAACCGAAGUCUGACAAAAGGAAAAGCCCCUAUUUGCCUUGAAAUGAAGAAACCAUAUCUCGAUCCUGCCUUUGAAGAAGAGAUGAAGGAAUUCAGAGCUGCUCUCUUGUUAUCCAAAAUCAAAACUGAAUUAGAGAAGCUCCAUCAAAAUGAUCCAGCUUGCAAUAUCAGCGGAUCCAAGGACGAGAAUGGGAAUGCAAUUGAGAAAGAUGUUGAACCUGCUGCAAAUAAACAUCCUGAUGAAGAAGACAACGCAGAUAGAGAUGGUGAGGAAGAAGACAAUGACAUUCCAGAUGACGAAGAUGAAGAGAAUGAUGAUGAGGAAGACGAUGAUAAUGGUGAUAAUGAUGAUGAUUCGGAUGAUGAUGAUUCGGACUAUGAUAGUGAAUCUCCUAUCAUAGGCAACACCGAAAUCAUACCCAAAAGAUCACCCACACCUCACUCAUUUCCUCAUGAAGAAACCCAUCCUCGUGAUCCAUCCCCUUCAGCACCUCCACCUAUAGAUAGUCAGAUUGCUGCAAGACCAAAUAGUGAUGGCAAAAUGGAAGCAUCACCACCAACAACAAGUCAAUUGAAUCCGAAAUCACCCCGUGAUGACAAAAUGGAAGCAUCACCAAGUGAGAAUCAAUUCAUUCUUGAACAACGGAAUGUUUUUCGUGAACCUAAGAGCAUCCACCUCGAACCAAGCCUUCGUGUCGAAUCUCUUGAUCCGGAAAACAUCAUGCACCAUCUGCUAACCACAAUCCACCAAGUCGAGCUUCUGCAUCAACAGUAUUCGUUUCACCGAAAGCAAGAUAGUCAAACUCUGGAAGAUUUGUCCACCAAGAUGACAUAA